AUGGGGUCCAAAAAGAAGUUAAAAUACCCUGUUAAAUGGAAGGGGUUCCCACAUGAAGACAACACGUGGGAACCACAAGGAAACAUCAGCGAAGAUCUCAUCAAAAGUUUCGAAACAACAUUCGAGGGAAACCAUGCAGGAGUGCAGGUACUUGAUAAAAGAAAAUUGUGUGGAAACGUUGAGUACUUGAUAGAAUGGAAGGAUCCACCAAAAGGCGAGAGGUCAUGGGAAAAGGCCAAGACGCUGAGUAGCGCACGGGUUCGGGGGUACGAAGCAAGGGGUUUUCCGCUGGAUCAGUCCUGGAAUUUCAUAUGCACCAAGCUGCGUGGAGGUGGUGCCAACAAGCCGCAAGAACAAGUCACCAAAGCUAAUGCACGGCGGUGUUAA